GAUGUAGGUGGUACAUGUAUGGUGGGUCUAGAUGUUGGUAAAGGGCUGUAGAGUCUAGGCGGUCCGGUGUAUCUAGGUGCCGGUAUCGGUCUCGACACCGGUCUAGGUGCCGGUCUCGGUCUCGGUCUCGGUGCCGGUAUCGGUCUCGACACCGGUCUAGGUGCCGGUCUCGGUCUCGGUCUCGGUCUAGGUCUCGACACCGGUACGGGUCUCGAGGGUCUCGGCAUGGGUACCGGUCUAACCGGUGCUGAAACGGUAGUUGGUCCCAAUAAUUCGAUAAUCUCGGCCUUUCUGAGCUUUGCGUAGCCAUGUAGACCGCGUUCCUUAGCGAGUUUUCUUAAUUCAGAAAAGGUAUUUCUCGAAGUCAUGCUUGCGUAUGAUAUACCAAUACAGAAUCUUUAACCCUUUUUUUAAAAAAUCGUAAACCGUGUUGGAGGGUCAUGAGUGUCCUAGUUUGUGGUUGCCACACCGUGCUAAAAUUGUAGUAAAACACGCUAAAACACACAGAGUGCCGAUCCACCGUGGGUGAGUAUCCAUCGACACCACGGGAUUUUUUGUUACCCGUCCGAGUAACAAAGGCCAGGAAUUCGCGGAGAUAUCCAUGGCGUGCGAAUCGCCAACCUCAAAUACGAUCUAUAAAAAUUGGAUUAAAGAUUCCUAUAUCGUAUAUCAUAUCAUAUCAUAUCCAACCAUGUCUUCACCGAUCGUACGCUCCCUCACCUACAGCAGAGAAUAUAUUGAUGACUUUAGUCUUUUCACACUCCCUGAUUUAAGAGCCAGAGCGAGGUACCUUGGCCUACAUGGAUACUCGCGGCUCAGAAGGGCUGAGCUUAUCAGAUUAUUAUUAUCAAUAGAUCUAUCGCAUUAUUCCCGCCGGAUAGCAAUCGAGAGUGUUCCGACACCUAGACCGACACCACCCACCUACAGUAGAGAAUAUAUUGAUGACUUUAGUCUUUUCACGGUCCGUGAUUUACGAAACCGAGCGGGUUUCCUCGGCGCAUCUAGAUACUCGCAUCUAAGAAGGGACGAGCUUAUCCAAUUAUUAUUAUCAAUAGAUCAUACUCAUUAUAAUGAGCCCGGACCCACCAGACCACCUCCAUUUCAACAGAUACCGGCACCUGGAUCGGUACCAGCACAGCUUGACAUUGAUGAAGAUGAGGACGACGAUGAGAAGAGGACGACGAGGACAAGAGCGCUGAUUGAUCGUGAUUUUUUUAGUGAUGACGAUGAUGACCUAGAGGACGAGGACAAAUGCAUAAUUUGUCUUUCUAAAAGAAAGAGCGCAACCUUUGUUCAUGGUAGAAUGGGACAUUGCUGCUGCUGUUUAUCGUGCGCAUCUAUAUUGGAGAAUAGGAGGGAUAAAUGUCCCAUAUGUCGGGCACCAAUAGAUUUUGUCAUUAGACAAUAUUAA